GAGGAAAAGUUUUGACAAGCGGACCUGCGGGCAGCUCCUGUCAGCAGCAGAACAGCAGCAGCAGAAGCGGCUCAGAGAUCGGCUUGUGUGCAGCGGCUCUGCGGGUGAGAGGCUGUACAAUCCUCGGCAGUGUUCUGAGACUGUACGCCCCCCCCCCCCCCCUCAACUCCUUCAGCAUUGGACGGUCACACUGUGCCCAGUUUUAUGGACUAAUGAAAUAAUCUCUCAGAGUGCUCUUUCUGAUUUGCGCACUUCCAUGUAAUAUCUACUUCAUUUUUUUUCUUCUCGAUUUAAAAAAAAACAAACUUUUGACUUUUUUUUAUUUAAUUUGAAAAAGUUGGACUUAACUCAGACUGACGGGGAAUUACAACAUAUUGUGAUUGUGCAAAGGUGAAACCAUGACUGCCGAUAAGGAGAAAAAGAGGAGCAGCUCGGAGCGCCGCAAGGAGAAGUCUCGAGAUGCGGCUCGUUGCAGACGCAGCAAAGAGACGGAGGUUUUUUACGAGCUCGCUCACCAGCUGCCUUUACCUUACAGCGUCAGCUCUCACCUGGACAAGGCCUCCAUCAUGAGGCUGGCUAUCAGCUUCCUGCGCUUACGGAAGAUACUCGCCACAGGCAACAACAGCAGCAGCAACAACAGCAGCAGCAACAACAGCAGCAGCAACAUCAGCAGCAGCAACAUCAGCAGCAGCAACAUCAGCAGCAGCAACAUCAGCAGCAGCAACAUCAGCAGCAACAUCAGCAGCAGCAUCAGCAGCGAUGUCGACGAGGAAGAACAGAUGGACAGUCUGUACCUGAAGUCUCUGGAGGGCUUCAUCACCGUGGUAACGUCUGACGGCGACAUGAUCUUCCUGUCCGAGAACAUCAACAAAUUCAUGGGGCUCACGCAGGUGGAGCUCACUGGUCACAGCAUCUUCGAUUUCACUCAUCCAUGUGACCACGACGAGAUCAGAGAAAACCUCAGCCUGAAAACAACUGGCAGCGGCUUUGGUAAGAAGGGCAAAGAAAUGAGCACCGAGCGAGACUUCUUCAUGAGGAUGAAAUGCACGGUGACCAACAGGGGGCGCACCGUCAACCUCAAGUCAGCCAGCUGGAAGGUGCUGCACUGCACCGGACACCUGAAGAUGUACAACAGCUGCCCUCCGCGAGUGCUGUGCAGCUUCAAAGAGCCCCCGCUCACCUGCGCUGUCCUGAUGUGCGAACCCAUCCCACACCCGUCCAACAUCGACACACCGCUGGACAGCAAGACCUUCCUGAGCAGACACAGCAUGGACAUGAAGUUCACCUACUGCGAUGAGAGGGUAACAGAGUUGAUGGGUUACACUCCGGAUGAUCUGCUGGGCCGUUCAGUCUACGACUUUUACCACGCCUUGGACUCAGACAGCGUCACCAAGAGCCACCACAACCUGUGCACCAAGGGCCAGGCAGUGAGCGGUCAGUAUCGCAUGCUGGCUAAGAACGGAGGCUUCGUCUGGGUAGAAACCCAGGGAACUGUUAUUUAUAACAGCCGCAACUCUCAGCCCCAGUGCAUCGUGUGCAUAAACUAUGUCCUCAGUGACGUUGAAGAGAAGUCGAUGAUCUUGUCCUUGGAGCAGACAGAGUCCCUCUUCAAGCCGCGCCACAUGAGCACUUUCUUCACCGCUGGAGGAGCCGGUGUGACCGCAGAGCCGGGAGAGACCCUCUUCACCAAACUCAAAGAGGAACCGGAGGACCUCGCCCAGCUGGCGCCGACACCCGGAGACACGAUCGUCUCCCUCGACUUCGUCCGCUCUCAUUUCGAGGAGCCUCAGCAGCCGACAGCAUACAACCAAGUAUCUGCUGCCGCUAUGCCUCCUCCUGGACCUCCGGGACCUCCGGCCUGGACCAGCGAAAGCCACAAGCCUGCCCCUCCGGCAUCAAGCCAAACCGUGGCUCCACUUCCAGGAGAUAUGGCUAACAUGGCAAACACGUUCAACGUGCAGCAGAAUCCGCCACCGAGCAGCGCCACUCCGAGCCUGAGCAGCUGCUCCACGCCCAGCAGCCCAGGUGAUUACUACAGCUCUGUGGAGAGUGACCUGAAGGUGGAGCUGACUGAGAAGCUGUCUGAGAAGCUGUUUGCUCUGGACACAGAGGGCGACGGCAGUCCUGAAGACACAGAGAGGGACUUAAGUGACUUGGACCUGGACACUUUGGCUCCUUACAUCCCGAUGGACGGAGAAGACUUCCAACUGAAUCCCAUCAUCACAGAGUCGGAGUCCCUGGAAAAAGGUCCGGCUGGAAUGAUGGGGAGCAACGGCUGCCUCGCCAAAAAACACCCGGCGACACAGAGCAGCUUCAGUAACAUCGCCAGCCUCUUCCAGCCACUGUCUUCUCCUCCUCAGCAUCCAGGCCACUACCAGCCUCAGCCAGCCUGGUCCGCACAGGAGAAGAGAGGCUCCGGUCAGGGAGCUCUGGAAACCCGAGAGGGGUCUUACAUGUUGGGUCACAUGCAGAUUCCCCCCUACCAGGCUCCGGCCAGCACCCCUCUGUCCUCCAUGGGCGGCAGGCAGAAUCUACAGUGGCCACCAGAUCCCCUGUUAACCUACCAGCAACAAAGAGUCGCCAAGCCCUACAUGAUGGACAAUUUGUCAGAAGAGGAGCGACCCUCCUGCCAACAGAACAUGCCACAUCUCAUGCAGAAACAGAGGUCCAUUGACAACUUUGUUCAAGCCUACAGAGACAUGAGUCCAGCCAGAGUCGGCAUGGCCAACAGCAUCAAGCGCUCCUUCACUCAGAUGGCUCUGGGUGAAACUAAGCAGCCAGAAAUCAUGUGGAAGAAGAUGAGGGGUGACAGUUGUGCCGCCAUGGAUCGUUCCCUCAGCACAGGAUCACUGACAGAGACAGGGAUGGGCAGGAUGAUGCCAGGCAGCAUGCCUCUAUGUCUCAGCUCUCUGCAUCAACACAGGAAGUCUCAGUAUCCAGGAAACGGGUUAGAGGAGAAAACCUUUUCCCAUAAGAGCUGCAACUACUCAGAUUAUAGCAUGAUGCCUUACAACAAGACCGGGGGUAUAGCGAGUCGUCUGCUUGGCCCUUCAUUCGAGCGUUCCUGUCUGCCGGAGUUGACCCGUUACGACUGCGAGGUCAACGUGCCGCUGCAGGGAAACCUGCACCUCCUCCAGGGCUGUGACCUGCUGAGAGCCCUGGACCAGGCCUCCUAGAGCCCCACAUUCAAACCACACUACAGACCCGGACUUUAUCCCAGCCCUAAACCUCAACCAACAAGCCAAGACCUUUUAGGGCCUUUAUCCUUUACUCUGUACCUCUGGGCUUUCAGGAAGUCUUGAGGCUAAGCUACCUAUAGGGAAUGGUAUUAAAAAACCAUGUCCUGCCUUAUUUAGCCACCCCCGUUCUGCAGCUAAACAAGCUGAAAUAUCAGGGUAAAGCCACUUGUACCCCUUUUUUUCCCCCCUGAGCUGCAUAGUUACCCCUUCACUAUCAGCUCUGUGUUCAGAACAUGGCUUUGGUUUAAAAUGGGUGUUAGUGGCACGGGAUUCAAAACACACAACCUGCCUUAAAGCUCAGCUCUGCCCCAAACAACUACAGCCAUACUCCCACCUGCCCCGCUCCGUUCCCAGCGUGGUGGGAAUCUAUGGCCGAGCGAGCGGCAUAGAGGUGCAGGAUCUAAACUCUUAUCCAGAUAUAUGGACUCUAUGCAGCUCAGUUCUCAGCCCUGCCUCCUCCUUCCUUAUCGGCUAACUCGUGUAGCUCAGAGGUGAGGAUAUUAUACUACCUACACACUAACAGAGACACUGUUCUUUCACUUUAGUGUAACUGACCAGCAAUUAGACCCAGCCCUCUCUCCUCUCUAAUGCCAGUUCACUUCAAACUCCAAGCUUUCAGGUUUAGAGUUGGGUAUCAAGCUUUCUGAUUCUGUGGCCAAAUGUUCUCUUUUUAUAACCUUUUUUUGGCUUGUGGUUCUUUAACAUUAAGCAGUGCGAAUGUACCCUGCUCGUUGGUUUUAUUGUUCUGUGAGUUUGAGUAAUAUUUUAGUUUUUCCAUCUGAACCUCUCAGAUAGUUUAUUUGGAUUGUUUUUAAAGCCACAAGAGAUAAAACUACUCAGUUAUUAUCAGUAGAAAAGUUCACUUAAAACACUUAAAAUGUAAUAUUUCAAUACUUAAUUCAACUUGUGCAUGACAAGAUAGAGACAUUUUCACCAAAUCAUACUGUUUAUGACAAGUUACAACACAUUUGGGGCUCAUUUAAAGCUCAAAUUGUAUUAGAAGAAACAGUAACAAGGAUCUGAUGAGAGCUAGAAUCAAUAAGCAGAGUCAUAAUAGGUAAAAAUGUGAGCGAUACCCAACAACACAGACACUUAACCAAUCUCUCUCUCUUCACUAUAACAUCAUUUGUUGUGUUUAAAAUAACCAGUUAGUGGCGUUUUUGUUCAUUCAGGAGGAGUCCGCCUCUUCACAGAGACGAGUUCACACAGUAGCAUUAGAACGGUCUGGGUCAAACUUAAUGACAUAUGCAUUAUAUUGUUAUUUUAGAUAAUAAGUCUAUCUCCUAUUUGUUGUUUUUUUUAAUGGAAACAUUUUAACUUUUAUCCAGUCUCUCCACGUUAUUUAAUCCAAAAUCGACGGGACACUUUACCAUAUCAAUACCGCCUCGUUUCUUCUUCCUCGUUUAUUUUUUUAAAUGUUAUUAUGUUCUUUACCUACCAGUUUUCUUCUAUGUUUGUGUCUCACACAGACACACUAAUAAACAUAUAUUGCAAUACAUGUACUCUACUGUAAGUUUGAUAAUAAGUUUUGAUUUUUAUUCCCCUUCUUCUUCUUUCUCUCUAUAAAACCUGUCUUUGAUUUAUCUAUACGUGGUUCUCUCACACUCUUGUGACUACAGGGUUUUUCUCUUAUUGUGCUAUUAUUUCGUUAGAUUGUAAGCAUCAAAACUAGCUUAAUUUACUAAACUGAUAGCUUGUACAAGGAAUCUGACUUCUAUACACACGCUGUAUAGGUUCACAAUUAAAUACACUUCAUGUAAAACAGUUAACCUGAAGAAAACAGUGGUGUGCACAGAUUUGUUUUUUUUUAAAAAGGCUCCGCUUCUUCACUCAAUUUGAGUUUUAAGGUUUCAUUUUUACCCUAAAGUCAAAUUAAAGAGUCAUAACAGUGUGAUUGCAUGUCUCCGCUAUUUCACUACAGACACAUUAUUCCAUUUUGACCAUUUUUUAAAAUAAAUCCUGUACAGUUUUAGAUACUUUGAACAAUUUUACCCAAGUUUCUAGGCAGCCACUGCCAAUGAAAACAAUGUAGCAGACUCUCUAAAACUUACUUGACUUGUGUGUAAUCAAAAGUUACAUGAUUGAAAAAACAGUAUAACUCUGCACAGCUGUAGAUUAAAAAUCUCAAACGCUAACACCAGAGAAGCACCUACCCAUCAAGAAGUGGCCUACCUCCAUAAUAUACAAUGAAUCAAAACCUUUUUUCUCUACUCUUCGUCUGCAGUAUGUUGGAUCUCGAGCGUGCCAGUUCAUUUUCACAUCAAAUAGACAUAAAAUGGAGACGGAUAUCUGUCUAAUUGGUGGAUUGCAAUCAAAUUUCUGACAUGUUUUUUGCAGAAAAAGUUAGCUGUAAUGUGAAGCAUGUGAGAUUUGUAGUAACUGGGCUACAACUCGCAGAGCCACUGGUUUGCUAAACGGAGGAUAAAAAGGGGGGUGAUGUGAUUUUUUUUUUUUAGCCAAUCAUAGAGACACUUAGGCCAUAAGGGGCACUGGGAGGGGUCAGAAGGGCAAUCGGGCCAAUUAUGGCGUCAUUGAGGGGUACUUGGGCCAAAAAAAGACGUCACUUAAGCAGCUUAAGUGACCUCAAGUGCCCUUUUGGUGUGAUAUUAGGGCCAAAAAAGUCAGCUUUAAAAGUGUCCCAUUAAGAAAAAAAAGGCCACUUAUGCUCUUAAGAUGAAGACGGUCACUUCCUGUGCACACCACUGCCAAAACUAGACUGUCAACUCUCGUAAAUACUAAUGUAGACUAUAUGUACAUAGCAGCAGCAGUAUAGCCUCCUGUAAAGUGACUUCUUUAUGAUUAGGACAAGGCCAGUUUUUUCUUACAAUUCACAACACAGAGCGGCCGCCACUAUCAUAAAAAAAAGCUUUGACACAGAAUAUCAUUAGUCAUAUUAAAUAAAAAAGGUCAGAUUUUUUAUUUUUAUUUUUUAAUUUCCAGACUAGAAACUGUAAAUUUCACUCUAAUUAUGUCAGUAAUUUUCGGUUCAAUGGAAACACAUUCUCACUAUUUUUCUCUUCUCUCCUUUUCUGUACUUUUUUCUUUAAUCUCACUCUAUUUUUAUUUUUUUUUUGAGGUAAUUGUCUUUGUGUGGUGACCACUUUUGAGUAUAUAGAGCUUUGUACACAUAUACGUUACGUAUUUAAAAAGACAGAACUAAUGUUGAAGAUAGUGUUUUUAGUGUUUAUGUGUUCUGGUACUUUUGUCCUUAUCUACCCCUGUAGAUGCAGAUGGAUCAGAUCCUUCGCAGUGCUGUUUCCUCUCGUGCUGUUUCUGUGUUUGUGGCAUUUUUUUUUUUUUUGGUUCCUUUUUUUUUUCCCUGCAGAGUUUUAUCCUUUUAAAAAAAUAUAUCUAUUGAAUCUGUUGGCUGGCCAGUAUUGUUUUAUGUUCUUGCUUUAAGAAGAUACAAACAAAACAAACAAAAAAAAAUUAACAAGACAAAAAAAAAAAAACGUUUGGAUGAAAAGAUGUUUAUCAGUUUUUUAAGUUUCACUUUUCAGAUAUGUAGCAUUUUGAACAUUGUAAAAGGAGGUGAAGUUGCCAUAGAAUUAAUCACAUUGUUUUCCAGUUGCAUAUAUAAAAGCAAUGGUGCUUCAUAGACCAUGUAUGUCAUUUUAAGAACUUUUAUUACAUCUCUUGGAUCCACUAACACUGUAUUUUGAUGUUAUCUGCUUUAUGUUAUUAUGCUGACAUUUUCUUUAAAGUUCAUUUUAAUCCGUAUAAUGUGCCUUAUCAUGACUUCAUGGGUGUCUUAAUACAUGAGAAGUUCUACCCUUCAAGUGCACAGUUUGUUCCCUGCAACCUGUAGAUGACUUCCUUCAACUGUGGGAGACUUUUACUGAAUUAAAUCCCAACGUGGCAUCGUACGUUUUCUAGUUGCUAGUUAACAGAUAGCUAGCAGAGCCAUAAAGUAAUGUGAAAUCAUAAAAGCUUUGCCAAUGUAGUAAUUAUAGGUUUGUUUUUUUCAAAUCCAAUUAUCCAAAAAACUGAGAUACAAUGUCACAGUUGGGAUGAUAUUUAAAUUAAGUCUUCCUCCUUCAUAGCCUCCUCCGAUACAUUAAUUUAGAUCCAAAUAGAAGUACAGUUUAGGGAAGGAAUACGCAGUAAAACCCUGUUAGAUUCGACUAGAUUCCCAUUAGAUUCCCCUGGUGACGACGAGUCAAAUCGGGAGGAUUUUAAGGCUUUUAAAAAAGGAAACGGAUUCCCCUCAGCUCAUCCAACCACCUGACAGUGUGUUUGUUGAUGAAGCUGCUUGGGUUUGUAGGGUUUUUUAAGGUUUAGCUAAAACAAAAAAAAGGCAUUCAUUUACUGUCACUCUGCAUGUGAAAUUCAAUUUGCCUGUUUUUGAGCAACACUGGAUCAAAAACAGCUCCAAAGAUUCAAUUUAAACAAAGAGCAGAUGACUUUAACUGUUUGAUUUGACCAUUGUAAACUAACGUUGAAGCCCAGAGUGAAAAUCUCACGCUUAUGUCGACAUGUAGCAACAAUUAAAAAGGUCCGAUCUCCAUCUUUUUUUUUUAGAGUUACACCAUUAUUUAGAUGCUUAGAAAGGUUUUAAACAAGUCUGUAGUUUCACUUAAUUGUUUGAAGUGCAGCAGAGUUAUAAUAAGAAACGUGAAAAUCUAUGAAGAAGAAACUCGGGUUGUAAAAAGACAAUUUUCAAUCUAAUUACGCCUCCUGGUGCUUAAUAGGAUUGGGGGGGGGGGGGUGAGAGUGGAGGAAAAACAGCCCGAUUUGAAGGGAAAAGUGAUGUUGAGUUAAGUGACACGUGAAGAGAGAUACAUCCUGCUCAGCCUGCCCACUGACGCAUAUCUCUCCACUCCUCCGCAGAUCUGUGCCUCCUCUCACUUCUCCUCCUCCUUUCACUUCACAAAAGAUUGACAAAAAAGAAAAACCCCCGUGUAUUGUUCUUCUCUCCUGAUGACACUCAAACUGAAAGUUCCUAAUAAUUCAAUGUAAAAGUAGUUAUUCCUAUUUCUUAGAUUAAGAGUAGUUAAAGAAAAACAAAAUAAACCCAAAAAACUAAAAUAUUAUUACCAAAUUUGUUUACAUUGGGUUUCCAGAAAAGCACUUUAACGAUUGUAAAUUAUUUUUCCUGAUAUAUUUAUUAUGUAAAAUAGAAUAAAAUCCCUGAAAAAGGCCAGAAAUACACUUAUUAUUAUCACAGACCAAAAAUAUAAAAAAGAGGCUUUUUUUUUUUUUAUAUUGUAUUUUAAUAAAUGUCCUGAAACACGCUCAUGAAAGAAGAAGAAGCUUCUCAGAUUAUGAGAUUAAAGCUACUAUAAAAUUGUGUUUAUGUACGUGGAAAGAGUUGGCUGGAUGGAAGUCGAUUUUUUAAAGAAAAUUAAAAAAAAAAAAUCUAGGAGGAGAAGUCCCGCCUCGUGUUUUUUAAGCUAGCAAAUGUUCCACUAGCUUCAGCUGGACAAUGUCUAAAAAUUUAACAACCACAAGAACAGUUGUCAGAUGUUCAGAAAGACAGAAUGAAGAUAUAAAUGUCUGAAAAAAUCUACGUGAAGCUAGUGGAGCAGAUGCUACCUCCCUCAAAAAAUUGUCGGGACUUCAGCUCUCCUUUUUUUUUUUUUUUUUUUUUUAUCAAUAGAAAGCUUAUCACCAGUCGUAGAGCUUAACAUACUGUGCUGCUUGAAGGGUUUCAUCCCAAAAAUGAAUGCGACAUUAAAAAAAAAAAAAAAAAAAAUGCUUCAGGAGUUAAUCCACUCAUUCGUUGCACUUCCUCUUUUAAAGACAGUAUCAGCAUUUUUUGUCUCGUGUCUCAACAGGGUUUAUGUUUUUAUUUUCCUUUAUGGGAUCCAUGUUCAGCUACUUGUACUCUGUUUUUUGUCGGAUGUCAUAACGUACAGUUAUAUUUGCUGAUUCCGCAUUUUAUAUGCUAAAAAAAAAAAAAAAAAUUCAUAUUGAUCUUAUUAUUAUCAUAUUGUUAUCAUUGUUAUUACUAUAUGGGGAAUUUAACCCAAUAAGAAUUUUGUGUUUCUGCACUGAUAUCUUACUAUUAAAGCAUACUGAUCUUACCCUCCCUCA